GCGAGCCACGACUAAACCCUUGAAUUAUCAGCUCUCUCUCUUUCGCUCUCUCAUGGAUCUUUUGGCAAAGCCAUUCGACGGAAGCUUGAAGAGAUACUGGAGGAGGAGGAAAUACAGGCGGCUCGACGGCGGCCGCGGCCAGCGCCUGCAGGUCGGGAGGCUCGGCGGCGGCAACACCGGCGGCCCACGGAGGUCUUGGAAGAUCAAGAUCGCCCGGAAGCUGCGGUUGAGGACCAUCUACUACUCUCCCUUCAAGAUAUUCGUGCGGCUGAGGGACAUUUACGUCAACAUGAUGGUCCGGUUGGCCGGCAAGGUCGGGUCCCUGAACACGGACAGCUUCUUCGGCGGGAAGCAAGCUGCGAAGCCCCGGCGGCCACGGAUCGUGUACUCGAGCGAGGAGGUGGAGGCGAGGCUCGUCUACGAGAUGUACAAGGCCCUGCAAGCUUCUGGCGAGCUUUCUAAUGCCAAGGCCAUGGAGAGGAUGUGCUGAGCUCUCGCAUCUCUCUCCCUCUCUCUUUCUGUCUGCAAGGAGAUCAUGUGCUCCUCUUUUGUUCUUGUUCAAGCGUUGCUAUUAAGAUUUUGCACCUGUA